GCAGAGCGGCAACUCGCAUCUAUCCCGCCCUCGCUAGUGGCCACACAGACUCGCCAUUACAAGCUUACACUCUGAUAACAACCACCCUUAUUCUCCACAUGUCAUCCCGUCAGGUCACACAACACAUCAAGAUGGAAUUUCUAAUACUGCUCGUGUCCGUGAUGUCCGUCGCGUCUGCACUAAGAGGGAAUUCAAUUCUAGAAGACGCUAUCACUGAGGGAGUUGACUGCAACGCUCCUCAGGAUGUAGGGACGUGCUCAGGGCAGGAAGAAGCCUGGUACUACAACAGCGCUGAGGGAAGCUGCAUCUUCUUCGUUUACUCCGGCUGUGGAGGCAGCGGUAACAGGUUCGUGAAUAGGAUGGCGUGUGAACAGGCGUGUGAGAAGUUCAAAUGCCCCGACUUGGACUGCCCAGAUAGCUGCACGCGAACCUUGGGCUCUGACGGCUGUAAGAUCUGCGCCUGUACUAAAGCUGAAGCGUCUGUUGUGUGUGGGGAGCCUCUGAAGCGAGGGUACUGCCGCGCCCUCCACCAUAAAUGGGCCUGGGUGAGUGAGAAUCGUCGCUGUGAGCAGUUUGUCUAUGGCGGCUGUGGAGGCAACGAGAAUAGCUUCGAGACGGAGGAGAUGUGCCGGGAGGUGUGCUCUGGUGUGUAAGGGGCCAGUAGCUGUGUGUGUGGUGGGGGGGGGGGAGAUGAACGGCACCCUGAACUCAACAGAUCAUUGAGUAUCAAUGUGUUCCAGCCAAAAUGAAGAGCGGACAGUUCCUACAAAAAACCUGAGGUGGUAUUUAUUUCGACGAGGACAAAUUUAGUUUUCUUAUUCGUAGAGGUAGGGAGAGCUAGAGAUGACUUCUGUAGUGUUGUUACCUUACGACACAACUUGGGUGACGUGUCCUUUCUGGUACAACUGCUAUAAUAUGUGAGGAAUAUCAAUAGCGGGAACACACGAGACCAGACACCGUCCACCACACACUAAGACGAGACAUUAAAUUACCAGCUGUCAAUACCUUCUGUCUGUCUUUUCAACCGUCACUUUUAUCACAUUAUUAGAGUUCAUAUGUUCAUUAUUUAUGAUAUUACAGCAUAGAACAGCGGUUGUUCUUCCUAGUACCUAGUUGCUUAUUCACAAGUUAAACUGAUUAAAAAGAAGGAACAGGAGAUAAAGUUGACUCCAUACACACAGGGGAAACGGACAGAGGGUAGAGCAGUAGUUCUAAGGUGUCAGUGGGUGGGACUGUGUGUGGUUUGUGUACACUCGCUCCACAGAGGGGUCAUAUUAUCUCACACAAAAUCGUAAAGAGACUUUUUGGAGCGAGUACAAUCGGUUGACCACGUUUAAGCUAAUGGUAAAUCGCCCUUUUCACUUGUUUAAGGUUUGUUGGGUACCAAACAAUGCCAGACAUUGACUCGUUGAUCACUGAUAGAUUAAGAUAUAAUACGCUUUACUUGUACGUGUUGUGGAGGGAUCAGUGAUGGUCCUCACAACACAAACAUGUUUACCAAUGUUUACAAAGUUAUCAAUGUUACCAUGUAUGAGGGGGGUGAAGUUGUUAAUUCUCAGCCUGUUGUAUGAUUACCUUAGGAAAUAUUUAAUAAUAAUUUAUUUAUCAAAUAUUAUCACACAGGGUAAACAGUAGCCUAUGAUCCUGACGUGUCUGGAUGAGCGCCAACACUGUUUAACCCUAACAAUUUUACUCCUCUUCAAAAUGUAUUUCCUUAUUCUUUGAGUUAUUUGUUAGCGGUGAUUUGAGCCCUACGAUCCGUUGGGCAGUACUGCGCGCUACUUGUGCACCAUCAGCCGAUACACAUAAACAAGCAAGAUGGUCGAAGCCUCUUUCAUCGAAUAUUUUUUUUUAUGAUCAUUUACUGGUUGUUGAAAGAGUCAUAGCUGAGAGAAAUUACAUUUUUGGGAGGGAAGAUGAGGACAUGAGACGCUAUCGACAAUGAAGCCCUGCGAAGGUGGAGAGAUAUGUGGAAGCCAUAAUCCUGUACAAUGACAAAGAAUUUAAGUAGCAAUUUUGUAUGAGACGGUCAACUAUAGAGAUUGGUAAUUAUAAAAUAAAACCCAUUUUGGGCCCGCAUGGACGAUAUUAAAAUAAUGCAACUGAUUUAUUGGAAAAACUUUAAAUUGGCGGUUGCUUACAAAACUGUAUCCCUCUCAGAGCCCAGGGGACCUACAGUACAGUGAUCUCUUCUCAAACCUUUCCCACAACAGCUAUUUACUUAACUAAACUAGCCUAAGGUUAACAAUCGGUAGUGACCAUGCACAGAACUCUAUGUUGAUUUUUAUAUCAUAUACAGAAUGUGGGUAAAUCUACAUACAGUAAUUAUUUGAUUUUUAGAACAGCACCACUGCCUCAACAUUGUUUACUUCACGUGAAAAAUUUUCUCGUCCACAUAUCCAGUCCAUUUCCCUAAAAAUGGAGCAACUAUUUACUGAAUCACGUUGUUAUUAUAUUGUAGAACAUUAAAUAUACUUACUGAAGAACUUUUGGUGCUCUACAAUGCCAUCACAAGAUCAAAACGUUCUUUACAAGCAGAACACUGAAUGAACGUUGUCGAAGCAGCAGCCAUCUUCGUUGCGAAAAAUAAAGACUAUUCGGUACUGCAACACGGUGUUCUGUAGCCGAGCACACGCUAUGUAGCACAUGUAUUGCCCAACGGGAUCUCAAGGCUGGCGGUUGCAGCAUCUAAACACGGGCGUUAGAACAAGUCUUACCAGGGCUCGGUGGACGCUGCGCCCCCUUCUUUUCUCAGGAGUGAGGGAAGCUGCUUAGUUUAGUUAAUUAUAUUAUUUAUGCAUAUUGUUGUUUUAAUUUAAGGUUUAAGAACUAUUUUAGAUGAAAAUUUUUCUUGUUGACAAUGUUAUUAUUAUCGCACUGCUUGUGAGAUAUUAAUGCACAGCUUGUAGUCAUAACAUGUGAUAAUGAAAACUGUUCCCCUGUUGUCACAUACAAGGACAACAGAUAGGGUCACGACGGCUCUGAUUGGCUUCUUGAAUUACUUCUGGUGAUACAAACACAACACCUGGCAGCUGUAAAUAAUGCCCCUAUUGCUCUGGAAAAAAGAAAUACUGUAUUCAGUGUAUUAUAGAUUUCUAAUUACUACAAAAAAGAUACAUAAUGUGCGCUUUGUUUUUCUACCGCACGUCCAUUUGGUUGACAACGUGAAAGUCGGCUCAACACAACUCUCGGCCCAGGAGGGAUAUUACGAGCCAAGCACACCGAGUACUAAGCCUCUAUCAUUGUGAUCGGCACUGCAUUUGACUAUCUUCACUUAUCUACCUGUAAAGUUAAGUACUCAUUAGUAGCUGGGUCAACUUGGGGUGUGAACCAGUAAUCCUCAAGGCAGAGAUCGAGUCCAAUAUCUACUCGGUCGACGUACAAACCAUUUACUAUCCUGAUACAUACAUGAAUAAUGUAUCUAUAAGCGUAGCACUAAAAAUAACUACAAAUUUCUUAUAUGAGGCAGAUUUAACUCCCACACAAUAAUCUCUGCUAGCCAGUUGUAAUGUCACAGCCAAUCAGACGUCGUCAUUGUGCCAGAGUCCGCCAGUUGUGAGGGGGAGGGACCAGUUUAGUGAUAAUGUGGGUGAAGUUACCAAUUCUGAAAACCAUGUUCAAUAGUUGAAUAAAGCUCAUGAAAUAUUA